AUGUCCGAGCAAGUCGAUCUCACCACCAUCCCUAUCAGCCCCGAGGGCGGCAACACCAACGGCGACGCCGCCGCUAAGAAGGCCAAGGACGACAAGACCGUCACCGUCUUCCACGACAAGGAGAACUUCAAUGUCAAGCACCCUCUCUCCAACCGCUGGACCCUUUGGUUCACCAAGCCCUCAAGCGGAAAGGGCGACAACUGGAAUGAUCUCUUGAAGGAGGUUAUCACCUUUGAGACGGUCGAGGAGUUCUGGGGUGUAUAUAACAAUAUCGCUCCCGUAUCAGAGCUCGCUCUCAAGUCCGAUUACCAUCUCUUCAAGGAGGGCGUCCGCCCCGAGUGGGAGGAUCCCCAGAACAAGCACGGUGGCAAGUGGUCUUACCAGUUCAAGGAGAAGCGCAGUGUCAACAUUGACGAGAUCUGGCUGCAUACUAUGCUUGCUGCGAUCGGCGAGACUCUCGAGGACGAGGAGGACGGCGAGGUCAUGGGUGUUGUCGUCAACGUCCGCAAGGCCUUCUUCCGUGUUGGUGUCUGGACUCGCACCAUCGGCAAGCACAUUCCCGGCCGCGGCGACGGCGACGUUUCUGGCGGCAAGGGUAGGUCCCCUGAGAAGGGCAAGGAGAUCCUGAUGGCCAUUGGCCGUCGCUUCAAGGAGGUCCUCCAGCUCCCUGCCAACGAGGCUCUCGAGUUCUCCGGCCACACGGAAUCCGCUCACAGCGGCAGCUCUCGCGCUCGUGCCAAGAUGACCGUCUAA